UUGAGAUUUUGGAUGAUGAAUAAACGAUGACAUUUCAUGAUUCAACGGAAACCUCCGUGUUUGUAAGUAAACAAUGAGAUUGAAAUAAGAGGGUGGAUCAUGGAUGUUUGGGGUGGUUUGGACUUCGGAUGUUGUGACGAAGAACUGAAGAAGAAAUAACUGAUGAGUGUUGUUAGCACACUUGAGUCGUGACUCGUGAGUCGAGCAGACUUGGGAUGAUGGGAGGGCAAAGCCGCAAAGGUAUCAUCAGGGAGGAUGAUGAUGAGUGGAACUGCGAACUUGCGAGGGACAAGGAGCCAGGGUUUUCUUCUUCUAUCUUUGUAGAGGCCUCUCCGGCUAUCCCCCCCCCUGACGUCAAGACGUCAAGACGUCAAGCCGUCAAGAGAGGUUAUAGGGUUUAUACUCGAUUUCAAUUUUCGAGCCACCUGGGGGGUUAUGGCUUAUAGGCGUCGUCGUUCUCUCUUCGUCUGCUUCUUCUUAAUCAUUUAAUUCAUUAAUAUUACUAUUUUUCAAUCAAACACCACCACCACCACCACCUCCUAAUAAACCUGAAUUGCCAUGAAGUUGUCGUUGCAUUGCUUUGCAUUCUUUUGAAUUGAAUUUGUGCAUUAUCCCUUCAUUAUUUCCUUUAAAAAUGGAAGUACGGGAUUCCAAUAAGCGGCGCAAAUGGGAUGAGUUCCCGUCCCUUUCCACUCGCAAGAGAAGAAGAAUUGUCGUGUUGAAGGCGGGAUUCUUCUAUCUCAAGUCCAUCCAUGGCGUUCCUCUACUUUCCUCUACCACCGCCUCUCCUUGUCAAUCAAUCUGUCUACGGUCGGACCGGAUCUAUACCAUCGGUCGCCAGAGACAGUCCUGUGAAAUUGUCUUCCAGGAUCCUCGAAUCAGCAGGCGACAUUGCCAGAUUUUCUUCGAUGCCUCUGCCCGCAAGAUUUUCAUUCUAGACGGAUGCUUCUCUCCUUCUACUUCUUCUACUCUUGAUCCCGAUGAGGUUAGAAGAAGAUUUCGGUUUGUAUUGGAAGGUAAGCGGGCUCCAGACUGUUUUACUGUUGCCGCUUCUUCCAAUGGUGUCUUCGUUAAUGGUCUCAGGCUUUCCCAAGGCUCUGUCAUGGAGGUUUCGGUUGGCGAUGAGGUCUCCCUUGCCUGUGGUAACCAAUUCGAUUCCAGUUUUCGGAUUAAGAUUGGGUUCGUCUUGGAAAGAGUUAUUUCCACGGAGGAAGAUAUCGGCUGCCGGGGCUUAUUUGGAGGAUCCAAGACUAUUGUCCGACUCGGAAGCUCCGAGGGCCGGGAAUGCAUUGGCGGUGGAAGUGUAAACGUUGUCAAUUCCAGGACAAUUACUGUGAGCAGAGAUUAUCCUCUUCAUGGUUCGGGACACCAAGACGUUAUUGGCAGGGCUGUUUCGCUCUUAGAUCAUUGCAGGCAGAUAUUACGAAGUGUGGACCCAAUAAAUUAUAUCCGGGAAUGUACGUUUUCCAACACGGCAAAGGAGGAUUGCACUGAAAACAAAGUUCCAAGUUCGCAACCAGAUGACAUGUUGGAUAUUCCAUUGCCUACUAAGCCCGUGUUGUUACACAAUUGUACAGCUGCAACUAGCUCUGAGCGACAACCACUUCCUCUCCGUACCUUGGCUGGUGCUGCAGAAGCAGCAGGUAAUUUGGUGAAUGGAGAUACUAGGAACACAGAGGAAUUAGAGGAUACCAGAGUUUCUGCUAAGAAAACUAUAUCCACUUCUAACCAAAAUGGUCUAUCCUCGAAUCCUCUAGGCGAAGCACAUCAAGCCGAUAGUGGUUCUCAUACAAAGAAACAUAGGAGCAUCAAAUCAUCUGGGAAGACAUUCUAUUUGAACCGCCUUGAAUUUAUGAACCACAGUACACCGGACCAGCGCACUGUGGUUUCUUUGCCAGAGCUUCUUCAUCCUAUUGAAAGCCUUUCACGCAUAUUCAUUGCAACAUUUACGACUGAUGUUUCCUGGUUUUUAUCAUAUUGUGAAGUUCCAAACCACCUCCCUGUUACAAUUGCAUGUCAUAAUAGUGAGAGAUGCUGGGAUUCAAGCCCUGAUAAAAGAACUUCGAUUCCACACUCAGAUUUUCCAAAUGUAAUGCUAGUUUAUCCCCAAUUUCCUGAGGUUAUAGCCUUUGGCAAACAACGCAAGGCACAAGGUGUUGCAUGCCAUCAUCCGAAACUAUUCGUUUUGCAAAGAGAAGAUAGCAUCCGUGUAAUUGUUACUUCAGCAAAUUUAGUGUCUCGUCAGUGGAAUAAUGUGACUAAUACUGUUUGGUGGCAAGACUUUCCUCGCCAAACUGAACCUGAUUAUUCUUCUCUUUUUACUCAACCUUCUGAUGGGGAAGCAGUUUUAGAUUCAAAAUCUGAUUUCUCUUCACAUUUGGCUGGAUUUAUGGCCUCUCUAGUUGCUGAUGUACCCAGUCAGGCACAUUGGAUCAUAGAAUUGACCAAGUAUGACUUUGGAGGAGCUGCUGGACACUUGGUUGCUUCAGUCCCAGGACUGCAUAUUCAGAAAACCCCAUACCCACUAGAAUACAUGCACUUCCUAUCCGCUCACCAGUGUAUGAUGCAAUCAACUGGCAUAAGAUUCCUAGGCUCUGUUGAAGCAUCUGUGGUGGGUCUGAGCCACCGUUUUCAUACUGCAGCUGAUUCAAGUGGUGUACAGCUUAAGACACUGGCUACUUUCCUUGGAAAGUGCCAAGAAAAUGCAUACGCGAUGACAGAAGUUAUCUUAAAAAGAAAUACUAAUAUACCAGCAGAUGCAAAUGCUGUGAGUGUUCUUGUUUGUAAUCUAGAUGAGUUCUCUGAGGGAGAUUACAUUCAACUUGGGUUUCUACCUAGAGAUAUUGCAAAGUGGGUGGCACCUUUGUGUGAUAUUGGGUUUUUCAGGUUCUCUGCUUGUAUUUUUCCAACAGAAGCUCUUGCAGCUGCUUUAGAAGGGAUCAACAGCAAAGUUCGAUUGAUAUUAUAUGUGUCACAGGGGCCAAAGUUUGCUGAAAUAUCAAGGAUUCUGCAAGCUGAACAUGUUCCUGCAAUUUGUUCACUUGUUGCAUCCAUACAUAGGUGUGUAGGCCUAUGGCGCUUACAGGAGGUGUUAAGUCGGCACAAGUGGCCUGAAUCACUAGAAACUGAUUUCAUUUAUGGUUCAUCUUCAAUUGGAACAUCAGUCAAUGCAAACUUUUUAGCUGCAUUUUCAGCAGCUGCUGGAAAGAGGUUUUCUCACUUCUCGGAGUCUGAGGAGUCUGACCCGGAGUGGGGCCGCUGGAAUGCUAGUCAAGAAUUAAAAAGUCCAUCUAUGAAGAUCAUCUUCCCCACCAUUGAAAGUGUGAAAGACACAUCUUCUGGAAUUUGGCCAGCCAGACAUGUUCUUUGCCUCUCAGAGAAGACAUGGCAGAGGUUGAGAACUGUGGACAUAUUUCACAAUGCAGUUCCUUAUCCCCAUGAUAGAGUCGGCUACCCAAUGCAUGUCAAGGUGGCACGGAGACGCUUCAUGUCAAAAACUGAUUCAUCUUCUUUCGGAUGGGUCUAUUGUGGAUCACAUAAUUUCAGCCCAGCUGCAUGGGGACGUCCAUUAUCCUAUUCUUCCUGUCCAAAAGCGGAUGGAGCUGUGGGCACCAACUCUGCUCAGCAUUCCAAGCUCCACCUCUGUAACUAUGAACUAGGGAUCAUUUUCACCAUUCCCCCAUCAGAUAGGAGUAUGAAUUUGGAUGAUAUAGCUCUGCCAUUUGUCAUACCUGCCCCAAAAUACGGACCCAGAGAUCAGCCAGCAACAGCACAGGCCAUGAAGGAGGCCUUAUUUGAACUUGCAGAAAAAAAGAAGCACAUGGAAGGAGCAAUGAUGGAAGAUGUUAUGACAGAUGAGGAGUUCCUGGAUGAAGAAGAAGAAGAAAUAGUGGAGACAAAAGAUUAUGUUGAUGAGGAGAGAGAGGAAGAGAAUACUUAUGCAGAGACACUUUGGAGCCAAGUGGAUUCAUUAGAUAAUUAAUAUAAUUCACGAUGAGACCCUGUUUACAUACUUCCUGGUAAGUAAAAAAGAAGAGGCUAGUUAUUUAGAUACCAAGCUUCUUCCAUUGGAGUGGUCCACUUGUCAGGGAGCACUGUUGUAUUAUUUUUUUCUGCUUUUUAUGUAAGACUACUGUGUUUUUCUGAUAGUAUGCAUUCAGGUUAUAGAGGAGGUUGUGUGUGAGAAGUACA